GCUUUAAAACUGCAAACCAUAAUGUCAUAAAGUGAACAAAGUUUUCUCAAUUUAAUAAAAUUUUGUUGUUAAUAAACCAAGCCACGUAGCAAGUUUUGAAAAUUUGAGAAUUUGGAUUUUUGAAGCUAGUACACCAUUGUUUAACCGAACAACAGCCACGAUUUGCCGAAGCCAAUCCAUCUCAAAGCUUACAGUAUAUCGUGUCUGCUUCAGAUGAGAGAGUUUGUCGAAACACAUCGCUCAAAGGAGCGAUGGGUAAUAUUGUGGACCAUUUUGAUACUCGGAUUACUACAAGUGUCAGCUGCCAAACCUGCCCCUGAUGAGUUGAUGGCCUUAAAUUGGACGGUCGUUGAGGAUGGUUUCUUAUAUAUUACAAACGUCGCUGAUUUUCCUGCAAAUCAGAGCAGCUAUGAAAUAUUCAUCCGAGAGGAGCCACCAUAUACACAAUCGCCCCUUCUAAUUGUCGAUGGCGUGCAGGCGAACCGCAUAAACAUCACCAUUGGCAACUCUGUUUCUAUCAACUUUGCCCGACCAACUUCUCAGUACUUGAUUAACUCAAUUGGAUAUUAUACAAAUGGCAGUGCGGUGGACGGCUCUGUAGAUAUAUCAGUUUGGACAAUGCCACCCAGAAUCGGUCUUUUGGACCUCAUCUUCAGAGACAGCGUUCGUGCCUGUGUUUAUUUGUGGCAACCUACCCCAAUCAGCGAAGAGUUUAAGUUUGUGUUUACCUCGUACUUUCCAGAUAUGACUGAAAUUGAUAAUGUGGAGCAGUCAUUCAAUGGAACGAAUGGCUCAAUUGUGACCUGCUUGGGUUCAUCGCCUGAGACGAGCGGUUUGUACAUUGGUGCAGCUAUUUCUGCAAAUGUGCCAUCCUACGGUGAUUGGAUACUAGGACCGGAAUUAAGGGAAGGAAAUUUCUUGGGACCAGUUUACAUCUCAAUGGACGUGGAAGUGAGAUGUAUACCGAAUGAAUGUGAAGUCUUUCUGAAUAUCUUUCGUCUUGUCCCCUCGCGUCUAUGCAUGAUUUCAUAUCAAGUAUUCUCAUCCUCAGGAGUCUCUGUGGAAACAGGCUACAUUAUGUUUGAUUCGAUCUCGUGUCAAGGACAUCUAGAGCAUGACUGCAACAUUACUCUUGGUCAAUUGGAUGACACAAAUAACCUGCACACGUUCAACGCAACUUUGAUUGAUAAAAGAACAGAAACUUUUAUCCUGGCUACCACAAACAAGAAUUUCACGCCCGUUGACAACAUAAAUUUUCAAUUGUUGACUGAGUUCAGAAAUGCAACCUAUCAAAUGCUUCGGCUUGCGGAUUCUGAAAAUGAAACUAUUUUCAACUCAGGGUCUCCCUUACAAUGCGAAGUUAUUGAAACUGGAGAAAAUUGUACCAAUUUAACAGGAUCUCUGCCAAAAUUGAACGACCAAGGGCGCUAUUCUUUAGAAAUUUCUGGCGUCCUACAGCCAGGUGAAUCAUGUAACUUUACUUGGGCAGUGAUUAGCUUUUACUUCAAAGAAAUAAUGUUCAGCCGUUCAGUUCACGACGUGGUUUGCACAGAACCUCAAAAUCCAGAUUUCACUGAUGUUCCUGUUUCGACCAGUGAUGCUUCAAUUCAAAUUGAUGCAGCAGUAACUAGCAUCAAGACAGCAAGUGGUCGCAUCGAUCGCUAUGUUUUCGAUAACAGCAGCUCUGCAUUAGACCCCGGCACUGAAUACGGAUUGAGUUUUUACGGACUGAUAAAUGGAUGCGGAGGAGUUAUGUCUCAAGAAUCUGCCCAAAUUACUGUCUGCACUGACCCUCUGCCUCCUGACUUUUCCAGCGUAGACUUCACAACGGGGGAAACCUUUGUGGAAUUAAAUCCUCAGUGGCCGAUUACGGCAGUCCGCGGUAACAUUGACCAGUAUCAUUUCGACAACAGCACUUUCGCAAAUGCUGUUGCUAGUGCUUCCGGCUAUAAGAUGAACACGACUCAGAGUUUCAGCUUAACAGGCUUGCAACCAGGCACCCAGUACAAUCUGAGUUUCUUCGGCUGGAUAAAUGCUUGCAACGGAGUUCGAUCAAAAAUUGCUCAAAUUUUACAAAUAUGCACCAAACCCAACGUGUCCAGUGUAACAGCAGUGCCUGGAAAUAAAGACAAUGAAAUUGUCGUUUCAUUUACGACUCAGGGAGCGUUUGACUCGGCCUAUGUAACUGUUCGGAGCGUAGAACUAAGAUAUUCCAAAACCGUGCAAGCACUAAACAACACGAUAGUUGUCACCGACCUGCUUCCAGCGACGACAUAUGAGUUUCAAGUUGAACUGACCAUUGGAGAGGCUUCCGAAAACGAAAUUGGUGGUCUAGUAUGUGCACAAGGCGCAAUGCGAACAUCAUCAGAUACGAUGACUGCUUCUACUGAGUUCUCUGCGACACCAUCUGAAGUGAACUCCGAGUUCCUGGCACCAGCUGUGUGCAGAGUUAGAUGGAGAGCUAAUCCCAACUUCAUAAAUGUCACUCAGAAUGACUUCUACGAUGUUCUGCUGAACGGAGUCUUUGUGACAAGACUGGCAGCGGAUAAAGAAUUUCUAAGUGUGGUUCUGGACGAACUGGAUCUGUGUUUGAGUUACGAGGUUUCCAUUUUACCACGAAGAGGAGAUAUGUUGAAUGAUCCCACGAAAAUCCAAGUCCGGAACUGGCAAGAUGGGGCUUCUAUCGCAGCUAUUUAUCAACAGUUUCCUGCAGCUCUUGAGAGCUGCGAGUACUGUGCAAACGAUGACCUUGAUGAUGUCUGCGCAUUUCCGUUUUUGUACAAUGGGCGAAAUUGGUCAAAAUGCCUUCAGCGAGCAGACCCUCUACCAAGCACCCUCUGGUGCUACAAUGCAGAUAGCCAGGAGAUCAGCUGCAGCAUAGAGUCCCUUUUCUGCUUGGCUCGUAUUCCUGAGUUUUCGGGAGACAUGAGCUUCGAAACUCUCUCAGUAGGAAGUAUUCGGGUGGCUUGGAACACGGACUCAGACUACUAUUCCGCAUUCAGGCUAUUUGUGAACAAACAAUUAGUCGGAACGACUGUUGAAAAGGAUUUUGUGCUGAAUAAUCUGGUCACUGGGACGACGUACCAAUUUGAAGUUCAAAUCGAGAGUUACGGAAGAUUGGGAAACAAGGAAUUUGUCAUCUUCCAAGCAUCCGAUCAAGAUAGCAAUGCGUUUGCCUACCGACCGACAACUUCUUCGUUUAAACUGUCAUGGGAUGCCCUAAACGACCUCAAAAAACGCAAACGACAUCGGCGUUCGGAAGAUUCGGUUGUUCAAAUUAACAUACAAGCCCAAAUUAUGAGAUCGAAUCUAACAGACGCUCUCUUUUCUGCAGAACAGUUGCAAGGUUUGUUCGUGAACAAAACAAUCUCGGUUUCAUCUGGGACCUUAUUGCAGGGCCUGCAGUCGGGCUCAUCGUACAAUGUUGCAAUCACUGGCCUCAAUGAUCAAGGCCUUCCAAUUGAGAACAAAGCACUCAAUACUUCAGCUGUGACAGAGCCGAAACAAAUCACGGAAAAGUCUGCCAACUUGAGUGUCGUUGUGGACUCGGAACAUGGACUAUCGGUUUCAUUCACAAUAAAUCAAAAUACAACUGCCAAAGUUUUCAAUUUAUUUGUCUCAGAAAAAACCCGCAAAGUAACAAUAGUCGAAGAUGAAUCCGAAGAGAUUGGCAUCAUCACCGCAAUUGAGGAUCAAACUGAGACGGUAAAUGGAACCUGCAUGUCAGAUAACGCAGCUUGUGUUGAUCCGCUGAGUUUCCAAUACUCACAGACUGCCUUUGAAGCCUCUGGAUUGCAACCAGGUGCUACGUAUGACGUGGAACUCUACGGAACAACCGGAUUGGCUGAAGGCGACAAAACUGAAGUCACCCAUAUUGAAAAACCAAACCCGGUGCGUGACUUGCUGUGCUACGAGAUCUACGAGGACAUGUUGAAACUGUCUUGGCGACAGCCUGAAAUUGGAGUUGUGCGUGGAUUUGUGGUCACAUACACCGACAAUGCCGCCAAUAGUGUGACCAAAUCAGUGUAA